UUCACUUGGUAUCAAUUCAGUUUUCUCUCAUCUCUGGGAAAGAACUAAAAACAAUACUCCAGCAAAAAAAUUAACCGAAAGUCCUAAGCUAAUUCCAGCAUGAAGGCUGCCGCAGCAAUUACGCUACUCUUGGCCAUUGGAGCCUCCGGUCGCUACCUCACGGUUCAACCCGACUGUGAACCUACAGUUGUCGAAGGGCCAUCCAUCCUCCCAGCCCCAGUCUUCUCCGGCGGCGAUGUCUCCUUCGGAGGGCAACAACCAUCCAUUGUUCCAGUCCCAGUUUUCUCUGGCGGCGAUGUUUCUUUCGGUGGACAACAACCAUCAAUUGUUCCAGUCCCGGUCUUCUCUGGUGGUGACGUUUCUUUCGGAGGACAACAGCCAUCCAUUCACCCAGCUCCAAUCUUCGGAGGUAGCGAUGCUUCCAUUGACAGUGGAAUUUCUAUUCUUCCAUCUGUAGGCAGUGGUACUAAGCUCCCACCAAAAGAACCUGUCAUCUCUAUCCUUCCAGUUGAAGGCGGUGAAGUCAUCUCGAUCUUCCCAGUUGUUGAGCCACAACAACCAUCCAUUGUUCCAGUGCCAGUCUUUUCCGGCGGUGAUGUUUCUUUCGGUGGACAACAGCCAUCCAUUGUUCCAGUCCCAGUUUUCUCUGGCGGUGAUGUCUCAUUCGGUGGACAACAGCCAUCCAUUGUUCCAGUCCCAGUUUUCUCUGGCGGUGAUGUCUCAUUCGGUGGACAACAGCCAUCCAUUGUCCCAGUCCCAGUUUUCUCUGGCGGUGAUGUCUCAUUCGGUGGACAACAACCAUCCAUUCACCCAGUCCCAAUCUUCGAAGGGCAGAAACCAUCUAUCAUUGGGGGAGAAAUUUCAAUCCUCCCAGUUGACGGAUCUAUUUCCAACAAACUUCCACCCAAGGAAGUAAUCUCCAUCUUCCCAGUUGAUGGAGGAGAAGUCAUUUCCAUCUUCCCAGUUGUCGAAAAACCUGAAGUUGAAGGUAUCGUUCCACAACAGCCAUCAAUUGUUCCAGUUCCAGUUUUCUCUGGCGGUGACGUUUCCUUCGGUGGACAACAGCCAUCCAUUGUUCCGGUCCCAGUUUUCUCCGGGGGCGAUGUUUCAUUCGGUGGACAACAGCCAUCCAUUCACCCUGUCCCAAUCUUCGAAGGGCAGAAACCAUCCAUCAUUGGAGGCGGCAUUUCAAUCCUCCCAGUCCCUGAACAACCCGAGGUUGAAGGUAUCGUUCCACAACAACCAUCCAUUGUCCCAGUCCCAGUCUUCUCUGGUGGUGAUGUCUCCUUCGGUGGACAACAACCAUCCAUUGUCCCAGUCCCAGUCUUCUCUGGUGGUGACGUUUCUUUCGGAGGACAACAGCCAUCCAUUGUUCCAGUUCCAAUCUUCGGAGGAAGCGAUGCUUCCAUUGGCGGUGGAAUUUCUAUCCUUCCAUCUGUAGGCAGUGGUACUAAGCUUCCACCAAAGGAACCUGUCAUCUCUAUCCUUCCAGUUGAAGGUGGUGAAGUCAUCUCGAUCUUCCCAGUUGUUGAGCCACAACAACCAUCUAUUGUUCCAGCCCCGGUCUUUUCUGGUGGUGAUGUUUCUUUCGGAGGACAACAGCCAUCAAUUGUCCCAGUUCCAGUUUUCUCUGGCGGUGACGUUUCUUUCGGUGGACAACAGCCAUCCAUUGUCCCAGUCCCAGUUUUCUCUGGCGGUGAUGUUUCUUUCGGUGGACAACAACCAUCCAUUGUCCCAGUCCCAGUUUUCUCUGGCGGUGACGUUUCUUUCGGAGGACAACAGCCAUCCAUUCACCCAGUCCCAAUCUUCGAAGGGCAGAAACCAUCUAUCAUUGGGGGAGGAAUUUCAAUCCUUCCAGUUGACGGAUCUAUUUCCAAUAAGCUCCCACCCAAGGAAGUUAUUUCCAUCUUCCCAGUUGUAGAACAGCCUGAGGUUGAAGGUAUCAUUCCUCAACAACCAUCCAUUGUCCCGGUCCCAGUUUUCUCUGGCGGUGAUGUUUCUUUCGGUGGACAACAGCCAUCCAUUCACCCUGUCCCAAUCUUCGAAGGGCAGAAACCAUCCAUCAUUGGAGGCGGCAUUUCAAUCCUUCCAGUCGCCGAACAACCCGAGGUUGAAGGUAUCAUUCCUCAACAACCAUCCAUUGUCCCGGUCCCAGUUUUCUCUGGCGGUGAUGUUUCUUUCGGAGGACAACAGCCAUCCAUUCACCCAGUUCCAAUCUUUGGAGGUGGCGAUGCUUCAAUUGGUGGCCAACAACCACCCAUUGUCCCAGUCCCAAUUUUCUCUGGCGGUGACGUUUCUUUCGGCGGACAGCAGCCAUCCAUUGUUCCAGUUCCAAUUUUCGAGGGACAGAAGCCAUCCAUCAUUGGAGGAGGAAUUUCAAUCCUUCCAGUUGAUGGAUCUAUUUCCAACAAGCUCCCAGUAGUUGAACCUGUUGUCUCCAUUCUUCCAGCUCAACCAGAGGCUGAUUGUUAAAUGAAUACUACAAUCGACAAUCUUUCAAAUAGUAUUAGAACAAUUUUCACCUCUCUAUUAAAUAUUAUUGCAUGUGGUAAUCUGUGAAUUUUGGAGUAUUCUAUGUUUGGAAAUAAAACACUAUCCUUUGCAUCAUAAA